CUUUUUUCGCUAAAAAGAACAGACCAUUGACUCGAUGUCCAUCGAGUCAGCAAAUCGAAUAAUAUACUAAAGAGAUCGAAAGAAAUUGCUGUGGUUUUGAAAAAGAUUGCAUUACUAAUUCAAUUUAGAUAGAGCAAGUUCAUUGAAUUUGUCCACUUGUAAACCGGAAUAGUGAGCCAAAGAGUGUUCGCUAAUUUAAUGUGUUAUUUCCGUAUCAAAUAGAACAAUAUAAAGUUUUCCAGGCUUCUGAAAGUUGAUUAGUUAAUGCGAAUGUCAUAUUGUAACCUGUAAAUUAACUUUCGCAAGUAUGUCGGGUACAUUAAAGCCCUAUUUGACAGCAGUCAGGCGUACACUUACUGCCGCCAUGUGCCUGGAGAACUUCUCCUCUCAAAUCGUAGAAAAACAUAACAAGCCCGAAGUAGAAGUAAGGGCAAGCAAAGAACUGCUUUUAACACCCAUCUUGAUAAGUAGAAAUGACAAGGAGAAAGUCUUGAUCGAAUCCAGUAUAAAUAGUAUGAGAAUAAGUAUUGCCGUGAAACAAGCUGAUGAUCUAGAAAAGAUUCUUUGUCACAAUUUUACAAGAUUCAUGACAAUGAGGGCUGAACAUUUUAUGAUUCUCAGAAGAAAACCAGUAGAAGGUUACGAUAUUAGUUUUUUAAUUACUAAUAUUCAUGUAGAACAAAUGUACAAACACAAAAUAGUAGAUUUUGUUAUUCAUUUUAUGGAAGAAAUUGAUAGAGAAAUAAGUGAAAUGAAAUUAUCAGUUAAUGCUAGAGCACGUAUAUGUGCAGAGGAAUUCCUAAAAAGAUUUUAAUUCAUUUAUUAUCGACUUUCCAAAGUAUCUAUUGGAAAGAAUAAUAAAGGAUAUACAGCGAUAGUAGUCCAACUGGGUCAUACAACUUUUAAUAACAAAAUUGAGAAAGAUUUUUUUAAAAGUAUUUAGUGAUGUGUCCUUAUCCACAUGUCACUUAGAUUAUUCUAUAUUAAAUGAAUUGAUAUAUAAAUUAUUAAUGUUAAUUUUCUCUAAAUAUUGUUACAUAGAAAUACAAGCAAUAUUAAAAGUGAAAACUUUGCUAUUUAAUCUUUUAUCAGGAUUGCUUUUAGAUAUUUGUUUAACGAAGCUUAUGUAGCUCAAACUAAUUAUUUACAUUUAAAUUGAUACAUUUGAAUUGUCAAAGAAACAGAGCGAGUUUUUUAAUUCAUUGAUUGAACAAUUGUAUUGUGCGCAAACAUAAGUUUGUUCCGUCAAAAGCUGCAUUUGUGUAUAAUGCGAUUAAUCAAUUGACAAGUUAAAAAAUGCCUGUCAUGAUGCAAGUAGAUAAGAUAAAUGCUCGUAACUAAACAGCAACAUUCUUUAGGUUGCCUCCUCAUAUUUUCUCGAAAUGCAUGUGUAGAAAACGAAAAAUUGAAAUUUGAUUUGAAAAUAAAAUAAAAUUUGAUUUUAAAAAAUAA